AUCAUUUUUCAAACAAACGCGCACACCAAUAAUUAUUGAUUGAGAAGUUGAGCAAGCAAUCAUUUAGCUAAGUUUCCUUUUUCUCUCAAAAGAAGUUUGCAUUCCCUUCUGGAGUGCGCUUCUGCUGAGUAACCUCUUCUUCUACUUUCCAUAUUCCAUAUACAGCUAGAAGUUUCAACCCAAAGUUUCUUGAUCUUCUUUUAAGGUUUAAGUUAAUUGUCAAACAUCAACUCGAAAGAAAAUGACAGUCACACCUAAUAUCUCCAUCAAUGAUGGCAACCUCGCUGUCCAUGGCAAGACCAUACUGAAGGGUGUGCCUGACAACAUUAUCUUGACUCCUGGAUCGGGGGUCGGGCUUGUUAGUGGUGCAUUUAUUGGAGCAACAGCUUCACAGAGCAAAUGCUUGCAUGUGUUCCCUGUUGGGGUUUUAGAGGAUACUAGGUUCAUGUGUUUAUUCCGUUUCAAGCUGUGGUGGAUGACUCAGAGAAUGGGGACAUGUGGAAAUGAUAUUCCUUUGGAGACCCAGUUCAUGCUUGUGGAGAGCAAAGACACCACUGAGGGUGAGCAUGAAGAUGCCCCAACUAUUUACACGGUCUUCCUCCCUCUACUUGAGGGACAGUUUCGUGCUGUUCUUCAAGGCAAUGAGAAGAACGAAAUGGAGAUUUGCCUUGAGAGUGGAGAUAAUGCUGUUGAAACCAACCAAGGGCUUUAUCUUGUUUACAUGAAUGCUGGGACCAAUCCCUUUGAAGUCAUUAACCAGGCUGUGAAAGCUGUUGAGAAACACUUGCAAACUUUCCAUCACAGAGAGAAGAAGAAGCUGCCCUCAAUUAUUGAUUGGUUUGGGUGGUGCACAUGGGAUGCCUUUUACACCGAUGUCACAGUAGAGGGUGUUGAGGAUGGCCUCAAAAGCUUAUCUGAGGGUGGUGUUCGUCCACGUUUCCUGAUUAUUGAUGAUGGUUGGCAACAGAUUGGCAAUGAAGCACCCAAGGACGCUAAUUGUGUAGUACAAGAAGGAGCACAGUUUUCCAACAGGCUAACAGGAAUUAAAGAAAACAAGAAGUUCCAAACGAAAGGCCUGAAGCAUGUAGUGGAGGAAGCCAAGAAACAGCACAAUGUCAAGUAUGUAUAUGUAUGGCAUGCCCUAGCUGGUUACUGGGGUGGAGUACAUCCUGCUGGUCCUGGACUCGAGCACUAUGACACUGCAUUGGCAUACCCCGUUCAGACCCAUGGAGUAAUGGGAAACCAACCUGACAUUGUAAUGGACAGUCUUGCAGUUCAUGGAUUGGGUUUGGUGCACCCGAAAAAGGUCUUCAACUUUUAUAAUGAACUACAUGCCUAUCUGGCAUCCUGUGGGGUUGAUGGAGUCAAGGUCGAUGUCCAGAACAUCAUUGAAACACUUGGUGCUGGUCAUGGUGGUAGAGUAUCCCUCACGAGAAGCUAUGUCCAGGCCCUUGAAGCAUCCAUUGCUCGAAACUUUCCUGACAAUGGAUGCAUAGCCUGCAUGAAUCAUAACACUGAUGGGCUCUACAGUUCCAAGCAAACCGCUCUAGUUAGAGCUUCUGAUGAUUAUUAUCCUCGUGACCCAGCUUCUCAUACCAUCCAUAUAGCUUCUGUUUGCUACAACUCGCUCUUCUUGGGAGAAUUUAUGCAACCAGAUUGGGACAUGUUCCAUAGUCUUCACCCUACUGCUGAUUAUCAUGCUGCAGCUCGAGCAGUUGGAGGAUCACCAAUUUAUGUGAGUGACAAACCUGGAAAUCACAACUUUGAGCUGCUGAAGAAGCUUGUCCUUCCUGAUGGAUCAGUGCUUCGCGCUCAAUUGCCUGGCCGACCUACUCGUGAUUGCCUAUUUGUUGAUCCAGCUAGAGACGGGACAAGCUUGCUUAAAAUAUGGAACGUGAACAAAUGCAAUGGUGUGGUUGGUGUGUUUAACUGCCAAGGUGCUGGCUGGUGCAAGGUCAUAAAGAAGACACGUAUCCAUGAUGCAUCUCCUGGCAUACUUACAAGUUCGGUCCAAGCAACUGAUGUUGACACCAUUGCUCAACUCGCUGGCCCUGGUUGGAAUGGGGAUUCUGUAGUCUAUUGCUUUAGAUCAGGGGAAGUGGUUCAGCUACCAAGAGGUGCUUCACUGCCUGUGACACUUAAAGUUCUCGAGUAUGAAGUGUUCCACUUUUCUCCUGUCAAGGAAAUUGUGACAAACAUCUCUUUUGCUCCACUUGGGCUGCUAGAUAUGAUCAACAGUGGAGGUGCCAUUGAUCAGUAUGAAGUCCAUCUGGCUUCUGAGGAGAAACCCGAGCACCUUGAUAGGAGAAGCCGAUCUCCGACCGCUACAGUCUCACUGAAGGUCAGAGGAUGUGGCUGCUUUGGCGUUUACAUUUCCCAACUGCCCCUGAAAUGCUCAGUGGAUGGUGCAGACACUGACUUCAACUACAACAACGAAUCUGGACUGCUUACUAUGAACAUCCCAGUGCCGCAAGAAGAGAUGUACAGGUGGAAUAUCGAAUUCCAGGUCUAAGUAGGAAUUUCUCUGAUAAGAGAAUUAAUUGUUGACAGAAUCUUUUGUAUGGAACCAGAAGUGGCUGAAAGCUUUGUAUUUCGUUGGAGGAAUGAUGUGAGGAUUUAGCGUAAGUAUUAGCAAUGAUGUGAGGAUUUAGCGCAAGUAUUAGCAACAAUGAGAGUGGGUGAGGAUUUAGCGUUAGUGUUAGCAAUAACGAGAGUGGGUGAGGAUUUAGCGCAAGUGUUAGCAAUAACGAGAAUGGUUCAGGAUGGAAUGUGUCUCUGUAAUAAAACUAUCUAGAUAAUGUUGAAUGUGAAUCCAGCGUUUUCGCCUUCUA